AUGUAUGGUUGUUUGGUAAAGGUUGUUGGUGUUUGUAUAUAUGUCCAGGUUCUUAAAUCAAAAGCUAUAUUGCAUUUCCUUGGUAGAAACAUUGUUGAUGCACAGAAUUCUCGUCCCAUCGAAGAUUUAUUCAGGAUAAAUAUGUCUGAGAAGAAACGGUGCAAGAGAGUACUUGAACAGGCUUUCAAGGGGGGCUGCAAAGCUCCUCAUGCUAUGAUAUCUUCUUGUGGAACAAUCCCAGGAAAUCCGUAUCCCAAAGGAAAACCUAGUCGCAUAAAUGGAAUUUUCCCAGGAACCCCCUUGAAAAAAGAUGGUGAAGAAUGUACUAAUGAAGGCAAAGGAAUAGCUGCACGGAUUCUUGGACCAUCCAAACCGCCUCCUUCAACGUACAAUCCACAUAAGCCUGUUCCUUACCCAAUACCUCCAUGCCGGCCACACGCAACCAUUGCACCAAGUGCUUAUAACAAUGCAGGUCUCGUACCAUUAGCCAACGUCAUAGCUCCGGGUGUACCCCCUCCACCUCCAUAUACUCCUAAUCCAGUAGGAACAGAAAAUGAAGACCUUUCCAAUCAGUCAAAACCUACACAGAAUCAAAUAGCAUUUUCUACCCCAGCAAGUCAGCUCUUCUCUCCUCAUGGUUCCAAUCCUUCAACACCUGCUGUGACGCCCGUCCCUACCGCAUCCCCGGUCAAGGCAGUAAACCAUCCAUCAGCAUCAGUAACUGCUACCGUAUCCGGGCUGAACAUGGCGAAUACUGUCCUGCCGGUGUUCCCAGGGCAGGUCUCCUCGGCCAUUCAUACGCCUCAGCCAUCAACGCCGAAUCCAACGGUUAUCAGAACCCCUUCCUUGCCUGCCGCACCUGUUACUUCUGCCCACAGUACAUCAUCAGCUCCUGUCCCGUCGGUUUUUUCUGGCCUGGUUCCCCUGCCAGGUCCUUCCGCUCCUCCUGUCCCAGCCCCUCAGGCGACAUCCACACCUCGGGCCGCUCCUGCUUCCAAUGAAACAUUUGCUUCGACUUCCGCCGCUUUCACUGGCCUCCCCUUUUCUGCCACUUCUACUGCUGCUUCUGCCAACAAUGUCAAUUCUGCUUCACUGUCGUCAGUGUUUGCAGGUCUGCCCUUGCCCCUAACGCCGUCAUCCCAAGGUGUGACCAACCUGGCGCCCUCUGUCAUUGCCGGGGGCUCUGCUCCCAGUGUGGCCUGCCCACUCGGUGUAAAUAAUCCUCUUCUGUCUGCUUUAAAAGGCUUUCUGACAUCAAAUGAUACCAGCUUAAUCAGCUCAUCUGCUCUGUCCUCUGCUGUUACAAGCGGGCUGGCUUCACUGUCUUCUCUUACUAAUCAGAGCUCUGAUUCGCUGGCCUCGGGCUCUAACAAGUGCUAUGCCCCGCCGGCCAUGCCCGGCCCGCCGAGGGCCUCCACCCCCGGGCUGGCCAUGUUCCCGAGCCUGCCCGCCUCCGUGGCGAACUCCGCUUCCACGCCGUCGACUUUGCCCACGCCUUCUCCGCUGGUGACGCCUACGUCGUGUGCUGCUGCAGGGCCGGUCAGCUGUGGCUCUUCCGCGGUCUUCCUGCAGGGCCCCCACGCGACUAACUCGGAGCUGCACAUUGCGCCCGCGCCCGCUGUCACCACCGGCCCUGUGCUAAUCAAAACUGAGCCCACGAGCCCCACCCCCUCCGCUUUCAAAGGCCCCGCUCCUUCCGCGAAUCCCUCUCCUGGCGCUUUAGGUCUGUCAGGGACGUUGGGCCGCACGUACACGUCAGCUUCGGUGCCCAUCACUUUGUCGACUUGCCUUAAUCCUGCACUGUCCGGCCUCUCCAGCCUGACGACUCCCCUGAAUGUGUCCAACCCCCUUUCCUCCAUCGCCCUGCCGCCGCACGCUUCCUCCGCCCCCAUCACUCCGGUGUUCACUGCUCUGCCUCCUUUUACUUCUUUGACCAAUAAUUUCCCUUUAAGCGGCAACCCGCCUCUUAACCCAUCAGCGGCUCUGCCAGGGUCGUUAAUAGCAGCCACCUCGUCUGCCGCGGUCACGUCCGCACCCGUCCCUCCUCCGAGUUCCACCGCGGCCGUGCUCUCGGGGCUCUCGGCCUCGGCACCGGUCUCUGGCUCGGCGGCGCCUUUCCCCCUCAACCUGUCCACCGCCGUCCCUUCCCUCUUCUCCGUCACGCAGGGACCCCUGCCCUCUUCAAACCCCUCCUACCCCGGCUUUUCCGUCUCCAACACGCCCAGCGUCGCCCCCGCCCUGCCCUCGUUCCCGGGGCUGCAGCCGCCGGCCACGGUGGCGGCGGUCCCAGCGCUGCCCGUCGCAGCCACGACCCCAUCGCCAGCUCCCGUCCUCCCGGGAUUCGCUUCCGCCUUCAGCUCCAAUUUCAACUCUGCUCUCGUUGCACAAGCCGGCUUAUCAUCUGGCCUUCAAGCUGCAGGCAGUUCUGUUUUUCCAGGCCUUCUGUCCCUCCCGGGUAUCCCAGGGUUCUCCCAGAACCCUUCACAGUCCUCCUUGCAAGAAUUACAGCAUAAUGCCGCUGCGCAGUCGGCCUUGUUACAGCAGGUCCACUCAGCUUCAGCUUUGGAAAGCUAUUCAGCUCAGCCAGAUGGGUUUCCUAGUUACCCUUCAACACCAGGAACGCCAUUUUCGUUGCAACCAGGCUUGUCCCAAAGUGGGUGGCAGUGAAUAGAUUUUAAUUUGUAUUCUCCUUUGGAGCAACAUCAAAAAUGCCUAAGGACUGCAGUGAACAAUCUGACUAAUGUGAAGUUGGCUAAAAGUCAGAAAAUGAGAAUGAGGAUAAUCCUGGGGAAAUUAGGAUAAGAGUUUAAAACAAGGUGAUUGUAUUUUUAAUGGUUUUAAGUAUGAACACUCUCCCAUGUAAAUAAGCUGAUAAUGAAUUGUAUGGAGAAUAGUAUUAAAAAGGUGUUUGGGGACUUUUCACCUCCCACCCUAUGAAAUUUUGAGUCGUGUAUGUGAUCUCUGUAGGAAGAAUACUAAAGAGGAGGUUGAACUCUUUAUAGCCGAAUACAGCCUUAAAUCUGCUUGUAUAGCAUCCACUGACAGAAGUAAUAGUUAUGCCUCAGACUUCUGGGUUGCAUUUGGCCCUGGGGGCAUGACUGCCCUUGGUGUGCACGAGUGGUUCCUAUUAGCAUCCUUGGAACUCAGUACUCCGUAUGUAUCCACAGAAGGGAGCCUGAGACCCACAGUUAUUUCUAAUUUCUGACAUUUAUGCUCAUACAUAUACUGCUGAAUUUAACUUAAUAUAGUUCAGGUAAGUGAAAAUGGUGCUUAAUAUAGUCUUUAGGAUGACUUUCAGGUGUUUUCGACUAAAAAUAUAUCCAAAACAACUUUCUUACAGAAAUGCAAGUAAGGCUUGUGAUAAUUUGCCUUCAAAACUCAUUUCUUAAUUUCAGCAGUAUCCAAAUGAGUGAGGAACAUUUGACUGACUCUUGGGCCACCUCUAUUACUCAUUGUACUCUGGAAGCUCUUGGUGAAUGUUUACAAUCAUGGGAUGUAGUGUUUCUAUUUGUACUUAAAGUCCAACGCUUAUCUGAAAGAAUGACAUGACAACAAAUAGAGAAGACUUGCUCCGUUAGUAACCAUGCAGUGUGUACUCUAUCUAAGGAUCUGUGGUAGUAUAUAACAUGAUUGAAUGUCAUUAAUUAAGUCUAAGAACUGCCACAUUCGGGGGGACAGGGAGAAUGAUUUUCAAUCCUGUGAUUAAAAGUGUAAACUAUAGAAUCUACUGUAGUACAUUUCAGCAUCUAGAAGUUUUACUUUUAUAAAGAUGGUGUCUGGAAGAUGUUGCUAAUGUAUUUUCCUUCAACACGGGGAACAAACUUUUUAAGUAUAUUAAUAAAUAUUCCUGUACGGUUAGUUUUUAACAAUUUUUUAAAAUAAACUUUAUGGAUACAACAAAUGUGUUUUA